AAAGAGCCAAUGGGAGCUAAGUUUACCAUCUGCUGCUGUCACUAUCUGAAACACAACCAAGAAGAGAGGAAUGCUAUUUUGCGGAUGCACAGCACUCCCAGGCCACUUGAGCAGCUAUCCAGUGGGUCUAGUGACAGUGAGACAGAAGAGAAGAACAUAUUUGGACCACCACCUUCAAAAACGAGUCAGUGGAAAAACCAGCAAAGCCAGAGGAGCACCGCUGAUCAGCGGGCCAUCGCAGACAGAGCCAAAAACACUCCCAUCAGUCAGGGACUGGAUCGAGAGUUACAGGCUUUCAUCAGCAUGAGAGACCAGACUGACGAGGCUACGGAGGAAUGGGAGAAGUUGAAUUAUGACAUACAUACCUUGCGCUAUGCCAAACGAGAGGUCAGAGCUCGGUGGAAGAAAAUCCUGCUUCAGCUCGGUUACCAGUGUGAGGUGGACGCCUUGCUGUGUGUGAACAAACAGAGCCGAUUCAGUCGGGAUGAAGAACAUCUUAACAAAGCGACUGAACUGUUGACACAGCUGCUGGACCACACCUCUCUGUUCCCUCCUGGAACAGGACACCAGAACCGAUACCUCUGUAUCAUGGACCGCCUGGUGUUGCUGGACAGCGCUGAGGACUUUGUCAGACUGGCCAAGGAAAAAUAUCCCAAGAAAGAAGGCUGAGAAAAUGUGCCAAAGACCGAAGGAGUCCUUUAAAGAAUGUGGACUCAUGCUGUUUUAACACAUUUGACCACAUUUCAGCUUUAAUUUAAAUCCUGAAGUUUAAUUCUAACCGAAAACCCCUUUUUGUCCCAGCUCAGUCUGUUAACUUGUGCUUGUGUUGUUUGGCUUAUACAAUUUGUAAAAUACAAAAGUAAAUACUAUUUUUAAUAUUUAUUUUUUAUGUCUACAUCGUCACAUCAUUUUUAACUAAAUCCAUAAUUUUCAAAGAUAAUAAAAAUUAUUCAGUAAAAACUAAAAUAACCUUUGAAACUAUUAUUUAUCUCUAUAUGUACAAUAUUUUACACAUAAACAAUUU